AAAGGGGGAAAAGAAAGUGCGGCGGAAAGUAAGAGGCUCACUGGGGAAGACCGCCGGGAUCCAGGUCUCCGGGGUCCGCUCCGGCCGGAGGCUCGGAGAGAAGCGGCGCCCGGCGGCACUGCGCCCAGCCCCGCCGCUCGCGCUGCGCCCGCUCGGCCUCCCAGGAAAGGAUGACGCUUCUGUGGUGUGUAAUGAGUCUCUACUUUUAUGGAAUUCUGCAAAGUGAUGCCUCAGAACGCUGUGAUGACUGGGGACUAGACACCAUGAGGCAGAUCCAAGUGUUUGAAGAUGAGCCAGCUCGCGUCAAGUGCCCACUCUUUGAACACUUCUUGAAAUUUAACUACAGCACAGCCCAUUCAGCCGGCCUUACUCUGAUCUGGUAUUGGACUAGGCAGGACCGCGACCUUGAAGAGCCAAUUAACUUCCGCCUCCCUGAGAACCGCAUUUCUAAGGAGAAAGAUGUGCUUUGGUUCCGGCCCACCCUCCUCAAUGACACUGGCAACUAUACCUGCAUGUUAAGGAACACCACAUAUUGCAGCAAAGUUGCAUUUCCCUUGGAAGUUGUUCAAAAAGACAGCUGUUUCAAUUCCCCCAUGAAACUCCCAGUGCAGAAACUGUAUAUAGAAUAUGGUAUUCAGAAGAUCACUUGUCCAAACGUAGAUGGAUAUUUUCCUUCCAGUGUCAAACCGACCAUCACUUGGUAUAUGGGCUGCAAUAAAAUACAGAAUUUUCAUAAUGUAGUACCUGAAGAUAUGAACUUGAGUUUUCUCAUUGCCUUAAUUUCAAAUAAUGGAAAUUACACAUGUGUUGUCACAUAUCCAGAAAAUGGACGUACAUUUCAUCUCACCAGGACUCUGACUGUAAAGAUAGUAGGCUCUCCAAAAAAUGCAGGCCCCCCCGUGAUCCAUUCACCUAAUGAUCAUGUGGUCUAUGAGAAAGAACCAGGGGAGGAGCUACUCAUCCCCUGUACAGUCUAUUUUAGUUUUCUGAUGGAUUCUCGCAAUGAGGUUUGGUGGACCAUUGAUGGAAAAAAACCUGAUGACAUCACUGUUGAUGUAACCAUUAAUGAAAGUAUAAGUCACAGUAGAACGGAAGAUGAAACAAGAACUCAGAUUUUGAGCAUCAAGAAAGUUACCUCUGAGGAUCUCAAGCGCAACUAUGUCUGUCAUGCUAGAAGCACCAAAGGCGAAGUUGCGAAAGCAGCCAAGGUGAAGCAGAAAGUGCCAGCUCCAAGAUACACAGUAGAACUGGCUUGUGGUUUUGGAGCCACAGUCCUGCUAGUGGUGAUUCUCAUUGUUGUCUACCAUGUUUACUGGCUAGAGAUGGUCCUAUUUUACCGGGCUCAUUUUGGAACAGAUGAAACCAUUUUAGAUGGGAAGGAGUAUGAUAUUUAUGUAUCCUAUGCAAGGAAUGCUGAAGAAGAAGAAUUUGUAUUACUGACCCUCCGUGGAGUUUUGGAGAAUGAAUUUGGAUACAAGCUGUGCAUCUUUGACCGAGACAGUCUGCCUGGGGGAAUUGUCACAGAUGAGACCUUGAGCUUCAUUCAGAAAAGCAGACGCCUCCUGGUUGUUCUAAGCCCCAACUACGUGCUCCAGGGAACCCAAGCCCUCCUGGAGCUCAAGGCUGGCCUAGAAAAUAUGGCCUCUCGGGGCAACAUCAACGUCAUUUUAGUACAGUACAAAGCUGUGAAGGAAACGAAGGUGAAAGAGCUGAAGAGGGCUAAGACGGUGCUCACGGUCAUUAAAUGGAAAGGGGAAAAAUCCAAGUAUCCACAGGGCAGGUUCUGGAAGCAGCUGCAGGUGGCCAUGCCAGUGAAGAGAAGUCCCAGGCGGUCUAGCAGUGACGAGCAGGGUCUCUCAUAUUCAUCUUUGAAAAAUGUAUGAAAGGAAUAAGGAAAAGGGUAAAAAGAACAAGGGGUACUCCAGAAAGAAAGAGUUCCCCCAUUCUUCAUUCACAGUUUAUGGUUUUAUAGGCAAAAAAUAAUGGUCUAAACCUCCCUAUAGAGAUAAAUUCAGGGCGACUGUGUGGCUGACUAUUCUGCUUCCUCAGGCGAAACUAAAGUUUAGAAUGAUAUUAUCAACAGUCUGUCACCAGUCUCUCUGAUGCCACUAUGUUCUUCGCAGGCAAAGACUUGUUCAAUGCGAAUUUCCCCUUCUACAUUGACUGUCCCUGUUUUUAUGUCGCCAUUCUUUUUAAAAUCUUAACAUAUGGGGCAGCCUCUCCUAUGAAUUUAAAGAUGCCUUUAAAAUAAGUCACUGUUGACAGGGUCAUGAGUUUCCGAGUACAGUUUUCUUUUUAUCUUAUUUUUACUUGUCCAUUGAAAAUAUAAUCACCACCUACAUUUUAGCUGAGGAUAAUGAACUUUUUUGCUCAUUCGGCUGUACAAUACAUAACCAUAGCAAGACUGGUACCUACUUAGAAUGAUACAAAGCAUUCUAAGUAUACAAAGUAUACUUAGCAUACAAAGUAUACAAAGCAUACAAAGUAACUGAAAAUGUUUCUUUUAAUUGAUUUAAAGGGCUUUUCUUCUACUAUAACACCCUUGCCCUCUUCUCAGGUAAUCGAUGUAAUAUAUGUAAACUUGAAAAAUAUUGCUUAAUUUUUGUUUUUGCUCCAGUCAAUUCCUGAUUCUCCGCAGGUCAACCCACAUUUUUCAUUCCUUCUCCCUAUCUGCUUAUAUCGCAUUGGUCAUUUAGAGUUUGCAGGUGGCUCCAUACUUGGUUCAGUCUGAAAGAAAACUCCUAAUGGUGCUAUAGAGAGGGAGGUAACGGCAAAAGUCUUUUAGGGCAUUUUUCUGACUCUCGAAAAGAACACAGAAAAGGAUGUUCGGCAAGUUGUCUUUUAAGUCUUAGCCUUGCUAAUGUGAAUACCAGGAAAGUAAUGUUUCCUCACUUGUUUUUGGUGCUCCAUUGUAAAGUGUGGAGGUCAGACUUAGUGACCUUGAGAGUUGCAUUUGACAUGAAUAUUCUAAGAGAAUUAACUGUAUUUCCUGUAAUCUAUUCACUAGUGCAGGAAAUAUACUUGCUCCAGAUAAGUCAGUAUGAGAAGUCACUGUCAAUGCAUGUUGUUUUGUUUGUUUUCAGUAAUAUUUUGCUGUUUUUAAGACUUGGAAAACUAAGAGCAGAGUUUACAGAGUGGUAAAUAUCUAUGUUACAUGUAGAUUAUACAUAUAUAUACAUACACAUGUAUAUAUGAGAUAUAUAUCUUAUAUCUUCACAAACACAAAUUAUAUAUAUACAUAUAUCUCCACACACAUACAUUACAUAUAUGUGUGAAUAUAAAUCCAUGUGCACAUGAAUUAUAUGUAUGCAUAUUUGUGUGUGUGUAUAUGUAUAUGUAUAUGACUUUAAAUAGCCAUUGGUACAAUAUUAAAAACCACAGGAAUCUUGUCCAGUUUUUAAAUUAUGUUUUUACUGUAAUGCUUUUGUGUCUGUGUUUUCUGUACAUAUUAUUUGUUAAUUCACAGCUCACAGAGUAGUAGUUGUCAUAGUUCUUGUCUUGCCUAAGUUUAAAUAAAUAACUAUUGCUACAGUUUUUCUGGGUGCAGUGGAAUCUGCUAUGCACAGAGCUUCCAUGGUCACUGCUAAGCAGUAACCAGCCAUCAGGCAUUAAUUGAUUUCCUGCUAUAUUCCCAGCAGACACAUUUAGAAACUAAGCUAUGUUAAUCUCAGUGCUCCACUAUUUGCACUGUUGAGUGAUAAAGGAAACAAAUAUGCCUGUCAAUGAGUCUUUGUAUCCUGUGAAACACAAUAAUUCAUAAUUUAAGAAAGCCCUCAUCCCAGUAGCAUGAAUGUUGAUGAGCAAAUCUAAAAUUAUAUUCUAUAUUUAAGUGCCCUUCAUCACUAUUAAAGUCCAUAAUAAAUCAUUUCCCUAUAUAAGUGUUAUUGAUUAUUUUAAAUUGAAAAAAGCUUUGCUUGGAUGAGAACAGUGGAAAUGUAGAUCAUUCUUGGAUCUACUUUUUUAAGCCUUAUUAACGUUUUUCUUAUUAGAAACCUCAAUGACUCCCUCUAUUAACCUUUCACUUGCUAGACCAGAAAAGAGCUUAUUCCAGAUAAGCUUUGAAUAUCAAUUCUUACAUAAGCUUUAGGCAAACAGGGAAUUGUCUAAUCACCAAAGGACCAUUCUCUUGCCAAUGCUGCAUUCCUUUUGCACUUUUGGAUUCGAUAUUUUUCUUAAACACUGUUGGGCACCCCUAGAAAUGCCUUGAUGUUUUUUCUAUUUAUAUUCCUGCCUUUGGUACUUAAUUUUUACAGAUGUUAUAAUAUAAAACAUAUCGAGUUUAAGUGAUAUGUAUCAUUGCAAGAGAAUUUGUUUCAAGAAUUUUUUUUUUAUGUUCCAGAAUAUGCCCAGUAGAGAACAUUUGAGGGAAAUGGGGAAACAUAAAUGUAAUUUAGAGAACAAGAACAAAGCAUGUAACAAAUUUGUUUAAUGGUUUUAGACAUAUGCUAUAGGGACCUUUCAUGCCCAGGUUAACAAAGAACUGUGAUAUAUAGAGUGUCUAAUUACAAAAUCACAUAAAAUUUAUUUAAUUCUCUUCUGUAUUGUAACUUAGAUAAUUCCCAAGGAUUCUAAUAAAAAAUCACUCCAUUGUAUUGGGAAGCAAAAACAUCAUUCAUUAAUUACUUAUUUUCUUUCCAUAGGUUUUAAUAUUUUGAGAUUAUCUUUUUUAUUUCAUUCACAAACUUUUGUAUUUUUCAUUUUUCAUUUGAUUUGUAAAUUUAUGUAUGUUAAAAAUAAACCAUUUAUUUUCAGCUUUGAA